AUGUCGUCGUCGUCGUCCAUGGACUGCGUGAGCUCCAAGGACAAGGAGGCGGCGGCGGAUCCACCCAAGGCGCCGUGGUGGACGGGGGAGACGGUUGCCGUGGUGACGGGCGCGAACCGGGGCAUCGGGCUCGCGCUCGCGGCGCGCCUGGCGGAGCAGGGCCUGUCCGUGGUGCUCACGGCGCGGGACGAGGCGCGCGGGGAGGCCGCCGCCGCGGCGAUCCGCCGGGCCGCCGGCCCGCCGGGGCUCGGCGCCGCCGUGCGGUUCCGCAGGCUCGACGUCGCCGACCCGGCCUCCGUCGCGGCGUUCGCGUCGUGGGUGCGCGACGCGCUCGGCGGCCUCGACAUCCUGGUGAACAACGCGGCGGUGUCGUUCAACGAGAUCGACACCAACUCGGUGGAGCACGCGGAGACAGUGCUCCGGACCAACUUCUACGGGGCCAGGAUGCUCACCGAGGCGCUCCUGCCGCUGUUCCGCCGGGCGCCCACCACCAGCCGCAUCCUCAACAUCAGCUCCCAGCUCGGCCUUCUCAACAAGCUCAAGGACCCAGCGCUGCGGCGGAUGCUCCUGGACGAGGCGGCGCUGACGGAGCGCGACAUCGAGGGCAUGGUGUCGCGGUUCCUGGCGGAGAUCGGGGACGGCACCUGGCGCGGGCGCGGGUGGCCCGAGGUGUGGACGGACUACGCGGUGUCCAAGCUCGCGCUCAACGCCUACUCGCGCCUGCUGGCGGCGCGCCUGGCCGGGGAGCGGGUGAGCGUCAACUGCUUCUGCCCCGGGUUCACGCGCACGAACAUGACCCGGGGCAUCGGCAAGCGCACCGCCGAGGAGGCCGGCCGCGUCGCCGCGGGGCUCGCCCUGCUGCCGCCCCGCGACCUGCCCACGGGCAAGUUCUUCAAGUGGCGCACGCCGCAGCUCUACUCCAAGCUGUGACGCGACGCGUCGGCGGCGCGCGUGCCGGCCGCGCAUGCGUCUCACGGGGCCGGGCCGCUGCUGCUGCGUCUCGCGUUGGCUUGGCUAGUUGGCUGGCCGCUGGUGGCACCGCACCGGCAUGCCCGCGCGCGCGCGGCGUGCAGGUGGUGGUGGAUGCUUGGU